ACCCACCCCCUCUGACCCAGUUCUCCGUGACUCUGCAGGUGCGGGGCCUGGCGAGCCUGGGCCUGGAGCUGGACUUCCUGGUGGAGGAGUACGCGGGCAGUAAAGGCCGGUUCCCGCCGGUGAAGAGGAGGACCAACCGAUCUGCGUUCGUGGCGACGAUAGAGAAAGGACACGGCCUCGUCAACUCUCUGAUAGAGACCGGCAGGAUCCAGGACCUCGGACUGGUGGUGGUGGAUGAGCUCCACAUGUUGGGUGACGGCAGCAGAGGAGCCAUCAUUGAGAUGACGCUCGCCAAAGUUCUCUACAUGAGCAGUAAGUCUUCUCACUUUAGUCUCUGUUGUUGAACCUUAAAGGUCGGUAUUUUUCAACCUGAGCCCUAUUUCCCAUGUUUUUCUGUCUAAGUGACUGUAUGGAACAACAUUUUUUUUUCGAAAUUAGUCCAGUAUUAUGCAAGUAGCAAGCUGCAAUUUAACAUUGUUGCAGCUGACAGACUCAAAUUAUUAUUAUAAGUGUCUAACAACAUUAUGGGAUGGAUCCCUACAGAGAUAGACCUUUUAGUUAAAGAGGAAGAUCCUUUUGGUUUAACACGAAACAGCCCG